GUUUUGUGUAUGCAACUAACGAUUUCUUUUGUGCUGAGUUUGACGGUGAAUCAGAGGCAGGCGUACGUAUACGUGUAGUAGGGUGAUUGAGAGAUGGACGCUCCCCUGCUGCUGGUGAACGGCGAGGGGGCGGCGCUGGUGGCGGAGAAUGGUGACUACGUGGCGGUGAGGGAGCUGAAGGAGGUGAAGAAGGUGUUUUGGAUUGAGACCAAGAGAGUGUGGGAGAUUGCGAUGCCCAUCGUUUUCAACAUAUGGUGUCAGUUCGGUGUCAACUCCGUCACCAGCAUGUUCGUUGGACACCUCGGCGACAUUCAGCUCUCUGCUAUCUCUCUCAUUAACUCCGUCAUUGGCACUUUUGCCUUUGGUUUCAUGCUUGGGAUGGGGAGUGCAACUGAGACACUCUGUGGACAAGCUUUCGGAGCUGGGCAGGUUAAUAUGCUUGGUGUUUAUAUGCAACGCUCAUGGGUGAUAUUAUCGGUGACCAGUAUCUUGCUCUUGCCUAUAUACAUUUUUGCCGCUCCAAUUUUGAAGCUUCUUGGUCAACAGGAAGAUAUAGCUGAUCUUGCAGGGAGUUUCUCCAUUUUAGUAAUUCCACAAUUUCUUUCACUUCCCUUCAAUUUUCCAACGCAAAAGUUCCUUCAAGCUCAGAGCAAGGUUAAGGUUAUUGCAUGGAUUGGGUUGGUGGCUUUAAUUCUGCACAUUGGGAUGCUCUGGUUCUUAAUUUAUGUGUUAGAUUUUGGCUUAGCUGGUGCAGCUUUGGCAUUUGAUAUCACGAGUUGGGGGAUCACAGUGGCUCAACUUGUUUAUGUUGUGAUCUGGUGUAAGGAUGGAUGGAAUGGAUUGUCAUGGCUGGCUUUUAAGGAUAUUUGGGCCUUUGUUAGGCUCUCUCUUGCAUCAGCUGUAAUGCUUUGCCUUGAAGUUUGGUAUAUGAUGAGCGUUAUAGUUCUUGCUGGCCACCUUGAUAAUGCAGUGAUUGCUGUUGAUUCCCUCUCUAUAUGCAUGAAUAUCAAUGGGUGGGAAGCCAUGCUCUUCAUUGGAGUAAAUGCAGCUGUCAGUGUCAGAGUUUCCAAUGAACUUGGGCUUGGACAUCCAAGAGCUGCCAAGUACUCUGUCUAUGUGAUAGUCUUUCAGUCACUUUUCUUGGGAAUCUUUUUCAUGGCUAUUAUUUUGGCGACUAGAGAUUAUUAUGCCAUUAUUUUUACAAACAGUGAGGUUUUGCAUAAGGCCGUUGCGAAACUAGGAUACCUCCUUUCUGUGACAAUGGUUCUAAACAGUGUUCAACCAGUGGUUUCAGGUGUUGCUAUUGGAGGUGGGUGGCAAGCCCUGGUGGCCUACAUCAACUUAGGUUGUUAUUACUUAUUUGGGCUUCCACUGGGGUUCCUUCUUGGUUAUACAGCAAAUUUGGGGGUUGAGGGACUUUGGGGUGGUAUGAUAUGUGGAAUUGUUCUCCAGACCUUGCUGCUCUUGUUGAUACUUUACAAAACCAAUUGGAAGAAAGAGGUGGAACAAACAACUGAACGCAUGCGGAUAUGGAGUGGACAAGACAUUGGAGUUGAUAAGAUAGUGGCUUCUGCAUAAUCUUGUAUAUCUUCCACCUCCACUCGAGUCAAGUUCUCAAAGUCUUUUUUUCAUGUGUUCCUAGUCUGUCCAUUUUACAUGUAAUGUUGCUCUCUUCCAAUUAGGUACAGAACAUAGUUUAGCUGUGGUGUCUGAUGAGAUGGUGAAGAUAAAAAAACUUCGUUAUUUUUCCAAUUUAGUUUUCAUUUUUUAGUUAUUGAAUAUCUCAGUGAAAAAUGAAAAACAUCAAUCUUUUCUUUUACUUUGGCCUAGAGAUGAGUUGAUAUAUCUCUAUGCAGGACUAGAUUAGUUAAUAAAAAUUAUUUAUAGCA